UGGGAGAAAACAAAUUUAAAUUUGCACUUUGUGAUGUCAGCAGUUGUAAAGAUUAACUUCUGUUUGUUCAACUAUCUUUCCAUUUAACCAGAAACUUGCAAAUCAGUAAAACUACUGCUUUCAUUAAAAUUGUUCUCCAGAAUUGCUCAGUGGCGGUUCCAUAUAGGGAAAUAUAUCAUAGCACUUGUUCUUGUAAUGUAUAAUUAUUACAUUGUGUUACACAUUAUAUUAUAUACCAUAAUAUAUUUUAUAUAUUUUUAUUUGAGCAGGCUGGUUCUUUAAAUAGAUUCCUCUGCCAAUGUGACUAACCAGAAUCACUACUUCAUGACUACUUGAGAUGGUGCUUAUCAAAUGAAUAAGGAAUUUAACUCAUGUUUCAGAAGAAGGAACUCACAGGGGAUAAAGGCAGGGGAAAGCAAAUCACGAAGCUAAUUAAAUGAAUUGCCUCAUUAUUAAGACUGAGAAAUAAUGAUAUUGCACAGAAACACGUGGAAAAAAAUGUAAAUGUCUGAAUAAAAGCAUGUUUAGGUUUAGGUGUAUGUUUUAUUUCGUCAGGGGCAGAUAUGAUGUAUCACAGAUUAUCUUGCAGUAUUAGACUGCGUUUCACUUAAUUAUCGUAUCAUGAUUGCUGCUGUGCGAAAUGUAUUUUGAUGGCAGUGCACUGCAAGUUAUUUUUCCCUGUGUGGCGUCCUGUGUAUGUUCACGUCUUUGUUUUUGUUUUUACCGACAGCCCAAAUCUGCAGAGCAGAUUCUCGAGGCUUUGGAUUCUGGCAAUCGAAACAGGACACAGCACCCGACUGAUAUGAACGCCACCUCUUCUCGUUCCCAUGCUGUAUUUCAGAUAUAUUUGAGACAGCAGGACAAAACUGCCAGCCUCAAUCAUAAUGUAUGUGUUGCCAAAAUGAGCCUGAUUGACUUGGCAGGCUCAGAGAGAGCCAGUGCCACCAACGCUAAAGGGGCACGCUUACGAGAAGGCGCUAACAUCAACCGUUCACUCCUCGCCCUGGGAAAUGUCAUCAAUGCUCUUGCUGACCCAAAGGUGAGUGAAAGUGAAUGACUACUUUACAAUCACAACUGUUUCUGAGAGCCAUUUAAAACCUUUUAAAAACAUUUAAAAAACUUAGUAACAUUAAGAAAAAACAAUGAGUUGAUAAUAUUGUUUCCUAACUGGCAAAUAAAAGGUUUGGAUGGUUACUAUAAGGCAGCACCUGAUGUUUUAAAACUGUAAUAUUGCAGUAAACAGAACCCUUAACUAUAAGUAUGCUCAACUCAUUGUACACGUCUCGGCUUAAGCGGCUGCCAUAUUGCAGAGUACAAGGGUUGAAUAUGUUUGUUAUAAAAGGAGACAUUUUUGACCUCAAUUCUCAAACCCAAAAAUCUAUACAGGCCAUAAAACAGCCUUUUAAUGCCAAUUAUAUUAGAUAUUAGAUUUAGGAUUGUUUAAUUUUUAUUUUUUUUAAAGAAAAUAAUUUCCAAAUUUUAAGAUAAAGUAUACAUUUCUUAUCUUACCUUACUAGCCUUUUAGGUUAUAUAUAGGCUCUAUAUAUAUGUUUAUUAACAUUACUAAUAGGGCUGGGCGAUAUAUCGAGUUUUUUAAAAAUAUCGAUAUAUUUUCAUACGAGAUAUAAGA